CAUUUUAAAUUAAGUCGCUUGCCAGCUGUCGCGUUUUCUAAACAUAAUUGUGCAAAUAUGUAUACUCGUAAGGAACGAUCUUAUAGUAGUCCUGUUAAUGAAAUGGCUUCACCGCGAACGCCCGAAACGGCUUUGAGUUUUAGCCGCGAACUGCGUCAAGUGUUGCAGGAGCGCAAUUUGUUGACUGCUAAGAGCAGAACGAAGGUUUGCUCGAUGUUAGCUGGAGGCACUGGUAAUACACCCAUUUCAACUCCUAGCAGUGAAGUAGAUAAAAGACGUAACUUCCGUUUGCAGGCUAUACAAGAAAUUGUGAGUUCUGAAAAGACUUACUUGCAGCAGUUGGAGCUGUUAAUGGAAUAUUUCGUUAAGCCUUUAAAAGAAGAAAAAGUUAUUGACGAGACCAGUCACAUUGCUUUGUUUGGUCAGAUUGAAAUGAUCCAUAAUUUAAAUGGUGAAUUUUUGCAAGAAUUGCAAUCUGAUAUGAACAAUGUGGCAAAAGCUUUUUUACGAAUGGCACCUUUUUUUAAACUAUAUUCCGUGUAUGCCUUUGACUAUCGGAACGCGUUAUUUUUAUUGCAACAUUUGGUAUCGAAAAAUGCGGGCUUUCGUCGAUUUUUGGAAGUAAACGAAUCGCGACCAGAGGUGCAGCGUAAAUUAAAUUCUCUUAUGAUUGUACCCAUACAAAGAGUGCCGCGAUAUAAACUAUUGUUGGAACAAGUACUUCUCUAUACCAGUCCGGCUGACACUGACUUUAAAGCGUUGAGACAAUCGGUCAAAGAGAUUGAAAACACGGUAUCUCAUAUUAAUUCUUGCGUGGAAGAUCAAGAAGUUACGCAAGUGUUGAUUAAUUUACAAAAUUCCUUGGUUAAUCGAACGCCGAAUAUAGUGCAGCCAUCUCGUAAAGUUAUCAAAGAGGGUGUUUUGCAGAAAAUCACUCGCAAUGGUGAAGAAAUUAAAAGAUAUUGUGUCUUAAUGUCAGAUAUAUUCAUGUAUUGCAAAAUACUAAAAGAGAGAUUGCCCAAUACGGCAGUGGACAAUGCUUUAGAAUGUUGUUGUAUAUUUCCGUUGAAGAAAUGUAAAGUUUAUGAACUUCUACCGGGUAAUUUUAAAAUUACAUGUCAGGGCGAUGGUAUUAUAUUUAGCACCAGUGAUAUGCAAGUAUGCCGUGCAUGGAUCGGAUUUAUACGUGAUGCUAUUGACUUGCAUAUACAGUGUCGCAAGACGUUACGCAAGGAGAGUAGCAAACGUACGCCAUUGCGUAAAAAGGAUGUUAAGCAUUUCGGGGAAGAGUACAUGUUGAGCCCCCGCGGAAAGCGCUGCGAUUUUGAGUCAAUAUUUCGUAAUAAAAAUCGUACUACUGACUCGGAAGAGGAAUCCGAUCAAUCUUUUACAAGCAAAUCUUGCUUUACUAAUAAACGGAAAAGCGUGAAACGUUCCUUUUCAAUGCCAUCGAUGAAUUCCGAAAAUAUAGACUUACGUCAAGACCUAAAGACUGAGUUGGCUAAAAGAAUAGUAAUGGAAAAGAGUAUAUCACGAUCUUGCAAACUUUCAUCGAAUAAUAAACUUGGAAGAGCUCGUGGUAUUUUGAAAAAAAAUCGAUUAGAACACAACAAAAUCGGUACUUCUGUGGACCAUCUUGAACCAAAUUAUGCUUUUGCUGAUCGGGAUAUUAGUAGCAAGUCCCGCUUUCUUGCUAAUAAAGUAGAUAGUAAUUUGCAGAAUAAUAUCACUGCUUGGAGCGCCGACGGUCGCUCUCAUAAUUUGAAGUCUAAUAAUAGCGAUUAUGUAACGUAUCCGUUUGCGAUACCUAAGAAGUUUCGAAAUGAUAUAAAUUCGCCGCCGAAAAAGAAACGUGUAAAAUUUGACAAUAGCUUAAAUGCUGUUUACGAGCAACCGCAACGAUUUGAAUUCCCUCGACAAUUAGCUCAAGCUAGCGAGCGUCCCAGUCUACGGGAAAGAAUUUAUGAUUUUUUCGCGAAAUUGUUUUAAAAUUUUAUUUUAAGUGCAUUGUAAGGAAAUUGACUACAAAGAAGGAAAGAAGAAAGAA